UGUCGGUCUCCGUGUCUCCGGGAGAAAAGAUGAGGCUGUUGGUGAAGCAGCGAGUCCACGCGGCCGUUGAAGAGUCUUCUGGGCUGUUGGACACAUUGACAGCAUCUUAUGAGGACACCGUGUCUCCGCUCAGAGAACACGAGCGACACGCAUCAGACGUCCAGCAGCUGUUGGUGGUUAAAGAAGAGGUUCCUUCUGAGCAGCAGGUCUGGAGCUCCCGUCUGGACCAGGUGCAUCCAGAGCCCCCACUAGUUAAAGAGGAACGGGAGGACCAGGAGAACCCUGAGCCCCCCCACAUUAAAGAGGACCAAGAGAACUCAGAGCCCCCCCACAUUAAAGAGGAACAGGAGGAACUCUGGACCAGUCAGGAGGGAGAGCAGCUUCAAGGGCUGGAGGAGGCUGGUCUCAACUUCUCAUUCACUCCUGUGAAGCUGAAGAGGAAGCCCAGUCCUCUCCGCUUCAUCAAAGACAAACUGAACCGAUGGAAAUUGAAGCUGAUGGAGAUGAUUUUGGAGGACCAGAACCAGCCAGGAACGCAGAUCCAGAUAGACCUCCAGAUCCUGAUGAAAAGACUGGAGACUCUUCAGAACCAGAUACUGAUGAGGACUCUUCUGAACCAGAUACUGAUGACUCUGUUGAUUGGAAGAAGACCAGAGAACCUCAAUCAGGUUUAAACUCUCUGAAUAAUGACGACGUUUCUGUCAGUGAUUCAAAAUGUAGUUCUCGUGAGAAACCAUUAAGCUGCUCUAAAUGUGGGAAAAGAUUUCACCUCAAAGGAGAUUUUAAGAAACACAUGUUCACUCACACAGAAGAGAAACCUUUCAGCUGCUCAGUCUGUAAAAGAUCUUUUACAGAGGAACUUUGAGGAGUCACAUGUUCACUCACACAGGAGAGAAACCUUUUAGCUGCUCAGUCUGUAAAACAUCUUUUACACGGAGGAGAACUUUGAGGAGUCACAUGUUAACUCACACAGGAGAGAAACCGUUCAGCUGCUCAGUCUGUAAAACAUCUUUUACAGAGAGGAACUUUGAAGAGUCACAUGAUGACUCGCACAGUGACUUUAUUUCAUCCCGAUGUCGGCAUCCGAGCUCCGCGGCGCGCGAGACGGAGAUCGGAGUAGUGUUAACGCGACAUGUAGAGACAGAAUGACAUGCUGCUGGUUCGAGACGACCAACAACAGACGGAUUGGAAGCUCAUUCUGCGCAUGCGUUAAA